CUCCGUACUACCCCAACUUUGAGUUUUUGAACCUGAAUAACGAUGGCACCUAUCACCAACGGCCGUUCUCUUUUCUCUGAAAUCCCUACCGGCUACCCUGAACCAGGCAAACACGUUACCUACGACACCUCCGAGACUAUCGACCUCGAGACCGUUUCUCUCAAUGGAGGUGUCCUCGUCAAGGUACUCUAUCUCUCGAUCGACCCGUACAUGAGGGGACGCAUGCGGCCUGAGAGUGUGGCGAGUUAUGUGCCCGCAUUCCCGCUCGGUAAACCAAUGACCAACUUCGGCGUCGGGAAAGUCCUCCGCUCAGAGAACGAUUCCUACAAGGCUGGCGAUCACGUCUAUGGCUCCCUCCCAUUCCAAGAAUACUUCAUCAGCACAGAGAAAGGCGAACUCACCGUGCUCAAGAACGAGGCCGGGAUCCCCUUGUCGGCUUAUGUCGGCGUCGCGGGUAUGCCGGGUCAGACUGCGUACAUCGGGUGGCAAGAGUUCGCAAAGGCGAAGAAGGGGGAGACGAUAUUCGUUACGUCUGCCGCUGGACCCGUCGGCUCCUUCGUCGUCCAGCUCGCGAAGCAGGAAGGUCUGAAGAUCAUCGCCUCGUCCGGCUCAGAAGAGAAAGUCGCAUACUGUACGUCGCUCGGCGCGGAUGUGAGCUUUAACUAUAAGACAACGAGCACGGAGGAGAUACUGAAGAAGGAGGGGCCGAUCGAUAUUUACUGGGACCACGUCGGGGGCGAAGUUCUCGACCUUGCGCUCAAGUAUGCGAACGUGAACGCGAGGUUCGUCGAGGUGGGGAUGAUUACGGAGUACAAUGGCCCCAAGGCGUAUAGCGGGAUUACCAACAUGGUGAGCAUCAUCGCCCGCCAAAUCUCCAUGAACGGCUUCCUCGUCUUCCACUGGCUGCACAAAUACGGCGAGGCCUUCUACCGCGACGUCCCGAAAUUGAUAAAAGACGGGGUCAUCAAGUUCGAGGAGGAUAAGAGCUAUGGGUUGAAGGAGGCCGGGCAGGGUGUUUGGGAGGUGCAGACGGGGAAGAGCAAGGCGAAGAAGGUCAUCGUUGUUGCGGAGGAUUAGAGUGGGAUCAUGGGAUGUCCGAAUCAUGGUGGACGGUUGGCGGUGGAGUGGAAUAAACACACAAUUAAAUAAAGGUGGAGUCUGAAUCUGUAUCGAGUAUGUAUAUAUGUAUAAUCGCUAGCCUACCAAGUCUGC